GCCUGUGACCUCAUCACGCCAACGCAAACAUCUUGUUAGUAAACUUCCUGGAGCGGGUCUCCUGCUACUACUAGCCAUCCAGCUAGCGGUUCCGCCUGGUCAUGUUCUGACUCGGACUCAUACUGAUCAUACCGACACACACAUGAGAGCCGCUCUCUGAACACGCGUUUGGGUCACUGCAGCUGGAAUCGAACCACCAACCGCACACACCAUGAUGGCGUCCAGCUACAACGCCAAGGAGGAGGACGGGCACAUCACCGUGUCCGGCCCCGGGACCCUGAAGAGCAAGAAGCCGGACAACACGGCCUUCAAGCAGCAGCGGCUGCCCGCCUGGCAGCCCAUCCUCACGGCCGGCACCGUGCUGCCCGCCUUCUUCGUCAUCGGCCUCCUCUUCAUCCCCAUCGGCAUCGGCCUUUACGUCACGUCCAACAACAUCAAGGAGUUCGAGAUCGACUACACGGGGACGGACCCCUCCAGCCCGUGCUACAACUGCUCCGUCAACUUCAGCUGGAACAGCAGCCGACCCUGCAGCUGCAGCCUGCCCUUCACCCUGGAGCAGCCCUUUGAGAGCAACGUCUUCGUGUACUACGGUCUGUCCAACUUCUACCAGAACCACCGGCGCUACGUCAAGUCCAGAGACGACAGCCAGCUCAACGGGAACGUCGACUCCCUCAAGUCUCCCAGUAAGGAGUGCGAGCCGUACGCCCACAGUGACAACAAGCCCAUCGCCCCCUGUGGAGCCAUCGCCAACAGCAUGUUCAACGACACGCUGGAGCUGUUCUUCAUGGACCCCAACGGCACCAGGAUCCAGAUCCCCCUCACCAAGAGGGGCAUCGCCUGGUGGACCGACAAGCACGUCAAGUUCAGGAACCCAGGGGGAGACAGCGCCAACCUCACCUCCGUCUUCCAGGGCACCAGUAAGCCGGUGAACUGGCACAGGCCGGUGUCCGAGCUGGACUCGGACCCGGAGAACAACGGCUUCGUCAACGAGGACUUCAUCGUGUGGAUGCGGACCGCGGCGCUGCCCACCUUCCGGAAGCUCUACCGCAUCGUGCAGAAGAAGAGCCACCUGGUGCCCACGCUGCCCAGCGGGAACUACACGCUGGAGGUGGUCUACAACUACCCGGUGCGGAGCUUCGACGGCCGCAAGCGCAUGAUCCUGAGCACCAUCUCGUGGAUGGGCGGCAAGAACCCCUUCCUGGGCCUGGCGUACAUCACGGUGGGCGCCGUCUGCUUCUUCCUGGGCGUGGUGCUGCUCGUCAUCCACCACAAGUACGGCAGCCGCAACAACAGCGCCGACAUCCCCAACUAGGGGGCAGGGACGGGCCCCCCCCCACCGGGAGACCUCCCCAGAGGAUAGGGGGUACUACAG